GACCGAGUCAGCUUGUUGUCUAUAAUAAAUGUUUUUAUUAAUAGCUUAAUUGCAAUUAUCCUAUUUAUGGUAUAACCGAAUUAACUAAAUGUCAACCCGUGCUUAACUUGAUGGAAAUAGACACAUUUCUAUGACAACAUUGCCUUAAUUAAUUUACCUCGCAAAAUCAUUACAUUUCUCUUGACGCAAUCAGCCAUUGAAAUUAAAAGCGUAUAAAUACUUCAAACAUUUGUGGACAAGAAAUUCAGUUACCACUUGGGAAUGGAGGAAAUCGAAUAUCUGCAUUAUCGGCCGAAUCAAAACCAAAACCAGAACUUCUGCCAAUUCAUACAUAUUUGAAAGUAAAUUUGAAAAGAUUUCUGCUGGAAACAUCUUUGAAUGGUUUAAAAUACGUUACGAUCCGGAGCGGAAUAUGUGGGAAAGAGGCUACUACCUGAUAUCGUUUACAAUUGUUUUUUCCUCGGGCAUCUUUAUGGCCUACUAUUUCCUCGAGAAAUGGCAGAGCACGCCCGUCAUCAUCAGCAUGAGUUCGCGGACAACAGCGAUUCAAGAUAUACCCUUUCCGACCGUCACUUUUUGCAAUAUGAAUCAGGCACUGCGCAGCAAAGUGGGAAAAUUUCCAAUAGAUUCUCCCGACUAUGCCCUGUUGCAAAAAUUGUGUUUUCAAAAAUACAAUUAUACACGUUUUCGUGAUUUUGAGCCGCGCUAUGAUGGCGAUACAUUUGCAAAUUUUAUAAUAAGGAAUGCCCAAACGUGUGAUGAUAUGAUCAUAUAUUGUAAAUUCGGCCCCAACGUGUUUAAAUGCACAGAUUUAUUUCGUGAAGUUCUUUUGGAUGAGGGCAUGUGCUGUGUAUUCAAUCAAAUGCAUCCGUAUUUUUUAUUCAAAGGAGAGUAUUCUCCCGACUAUGCCCUGUUGCAAAAAUUGUGUUUUCAAAAAUACAAUUAUACACGUUUUCGUGAUUUUGAGCCGCGCUAUGAUGGCGAUACAUUUGCAAAUUUUAUAAUAAGGAAUGCCCAAACGUGUGAUGAUAUGAUCAUAUAUUGCAAAGUGGGAAAAUUUCCAAUAGAUUCUCCCGACUAUGCCCUGUUGCAAAAAUUGUGUUUUCAAAAAUACAAUUAUACACGUUUUCGUGAUUUUGAGCCGCGCUAUGAUGGCGAUACAUUUGCAAAUUUUAUAAUAAGGAAUGCCCAAACGUGUGAUGAUAUGAUCAUAUAUUGUAAAUUCGGCCCCAACGUGUUUAAAUGCACAGAUUUAUUUCGUGAAGUUCUUUUGGAUGAGGGCAUGUGCUGUGUAUUCAAUCAAAUGCAUCCGUAUUUUUUAUUCAAAGGAGAUCUCAAAUUUAUUCGAGAUUACACUUCGACAAAUGGUCGUACAACAAUACCAAUCAACUGGAGUAUAGAAAAUGGUUACCCAAAGCCACUGCCGAAGAAUUUCUACCCACGUCCGGCAUUAGGAACUGGGGUGUCUAUGGGACUGCAAGUGGUAUUAAAUGCUAGUGUAAAUGAUUAUUACUGCAGUUCUACAAAUGGAGCGGGUUUCAAGAUGCUCUUGUAUAAUCCGGUUGAUUCGCCGCACAUUAAAGACACUGGUUUGCCCAUAACACUGGGCCAUCAAACCCGAGUUCGUAUAAAGGCCAGUAGAAUGGAAUCGGCACAAAGUUUGCGCAAUGUAAGACCCAGAGAUCGCCAAUGCUAUUUCAGCGAUGAGAAGCAAUUGCAAUAUUUCAAAUAUUAUACCCGGCGUAAUUGUGAAAUGGAAUGUGAUGCCGAGUUUGUACUCAGUGUGUGUGGGUGUAUACCAUACUAUAUGGCCAUGGUGCAGAGAAAUGCGAGUGUUUGUUUUCUCAAGGAUAUGGAAUGUGUUGAAUGGUCUGAACGAUAUUUGGUGGCUUCGAUUACACAAUCAUGCAAGCAACAAUGUUUGGCCGGAUGUCAGGAAAUACUUUUCUUUCCUGAUUUAUUUGUAUCGCCAUUGGCGAGGAGAAAUUACAGCCUAUUGGAUCCCUACUAUUCGAAUAUAUCCUCCGAUGUUAUGAAACGAGAUUUGGCCCAGGUGCAAAUUUACUACAAAGAGAAUUUCUUUCGUGGCAAUACUAAGGUGCCAUAUACGGGGUUUACGGAGUUUUUGUCUCAAACCGGUGGCAUCAUGAGCCUUAUGGUUGGUUUCAGUGUCAUCUCCGUGGCGGAGUUUUUCUAUUUUGGGUUUUUGAAAUCUCUCUGUGAUAUGCUACUUCGCCGGUGGCCUCAGAAAAUGGAUACGAAAGACGAUCUGGAGGAGAAUUUGGGGGAUGAUAGUGAAGAGACUUCAAUGGAUAGAAUACACAAUCAGAUGUUAUUGAACCGACGCAAAACAAUACACAAUCCUUUAAUGGUUUGGCAUGACUUGGAGCAAUACCAAGAUAAAUUUUAAUUAAAAUUAUUGUAAAAAUUGAAAGUGAGAAAGUCCUAUU